AUGAGCUUAUGUGGCAGGAAGGCGCUGACGGUGGUGAGCAGCGUGUUUGCGGUGUGCGCCCUGGGGCUGCUGGGCAUCGCUGUGAGCACAGACUACUGGCUCUACCUGGAGGAAGGCGUCAUCCUUCCUCUCAACCAGAGCACAGAGAUCCGCAUGUCGCUGCACUCAGGCCUGUGGAGGGUCUGCUUCAUGGCUGGGGAUGAAAAAGGCAGAUGUUUCACUAUAGAGUAUGUGAUGCCGACCAACGUCCAAAUGACCUCGGAGUCCACUGUCAGUGUGUUGAAAAUGAUUCGCUCGGCCACGCCUUUCCCUCUGGUCAGCCUCUUCUUCCUCUUCAUUGGUUUCAUCCUCAGUAACAUCGGCCACAUUCGACCGCACCACACCAUCCUGGCCUUUGUGUCCGGGAUCUUUUUCAUUCUAUCUGGUCUGUCCCUAGUGGUGGGUCUCGUGUUGUACAUCUCCAACAUCAACGACGAGAUGCUGAAUCGCACCAAGUCAAACGAGGCUUACUUCAGUUAUAAGUACGGCUGGUCCUUCGCUUUCGCUGCCAUCUCCUUCCUGCUCACUGAGGCGGCUGGGGUGAUGUCUGUGUAUCUCUUCAUGAAGCGAUACACCGCAGAGGAGAUGUACCGGCCGCACCAGGGCUUCUACAGGCCGCGCCUCAGCAACUGCUCCGACUACUCCGGACAGUUCCUGCACCCGGACGCCUGGGCGGGCCGCGGCAGAAGCCCCUCCUCCUUCUCCUCUGAGGCCUCUUUGCCCAUGAACACAGCCGCCUACCCUGCCCUCCUCAAGUGUCCUGAGUACGAACAGAUGUCUUCCUCGCCAUGCUGA